AGUGAGGUUAGAUUACCAAUGAUUGUUCGUUCCACCGACGAUUGAAGAUUGAAUUGAUUAUUAUGUUUUGUAAACAUCGCAUAUUUCCCAUUGAUUAAUCACAAUUGCUUAUACGUAGCGAUAAUAAUUUAUAAACAAAAGAUAAUGACGAAUAUGGAAUGUGAAGAUAAUAACGAAGUGGAUCAAGUUAAUGUUUCUGCAAAUGAUCAAGACAACUUAGACGAAGCACAAUCUGAACGUAUUACACCUAAAGUAAAUAGCAAAAAAUAUAAACGUGGCAUUAUAUAUUUAUCAACUAUCCCACAAUAUAUGAACGUGACCAAAGUUCGGGAAAUAUUCAGCCAGUAUGGUGAACUAGGCAGGGUUUACCUUCAGCCAGCUACAGAUGAAAAUUCUACAAAAAAGGGCAAGCACAUUGCAAAGCAUUUUACUGAAGGUUGGGUUGAAUUUCAAAGAAAAAAGAUAGCCAAACAAGUUGCAGCAAAUUUAAAUAAUACAAGAAUAGGAACUCGAAAAAAAUCUAAAUUUUAUGAUAUGAUAUGGAAUAUAAAGUAUUUACCACGAUUUAAAUGGGUUCACUUGAGUGAAAGAUUAGCAUAUGAGCGAGCUGCACAGAAACAAAGGCUUAGAGCUGAAAUAUCCCAAGCAAGGAAAGAAGCGACUUACUUCCAGAAUAAUUUAGAUAAAAGUGAAAAACUAAAAAAGAAAGCUAUUAAAAAUAAGCCAUCAACUACACAACAUGAUGCAUAGAAUAGCUUUAAUUUAUCAUUCAAAUAAAUUUUUGUAAUAAAAGGUAAAAUUAAAUAAAUUAUAAA